AUGCCGCGUCAAAUCUUCGAAAUCAAGGACUUCCUCCUCAAGGCGAGAAGCAAGGAUGCCAAAUCGGUCAAAAUCAAGAAGAAUGCUGACAAUGUCAAAUUCAAAGUGCGAUGCAGCCGAUUCCUCUACACUUUGGUGAUCAAGGACAAACUGAAGGCCGAAAAGCUGAAGCAAAGUCUUCCACCAGGCAUCCAAGUGAAAGAGUUGAAG